GAAGUCGAACUACGAGGAAGAGAGACGAAACGAGGUGAACGAGCGAGCAAGAGACGGACGACGGUACAGAGUGGCGGUACACGGGGCGCGAGAAAAGCGGUAGUGUGCCGUGGACCACCGCACUGGCAUACCGUGAUUCGUUACAAUCUCCAUCGUUCUCUAGACUCGGACUCUCACAGUCAUCAGCGAAGUCACAAUACGACAAGUGCUAGUGCAGUGCGGAACUGGCGAAGUCCACCCCCUGACAUCUCUCGUGACAGAUUGGCCGGCUUGAACUCAAAACAGGCCUUGACCUGACUUGACCGAUCGCGCGAAUUGUAUAUUUCAAAAGAAAAAGAGAGAACCGCCCCGCGAGGGUGGUUGUCGCGUGCCGGCUGACCGAACCGUCGUCCGGCGCGCACGCGGUAGAGAAACCCGCAGGCAAUUUUAUAGCCCGUCUUAUUACUCAAGUUUAUUACAUCGUAACGGCUUAACGAUCAUCGCCCGUUUCCACAGUUCAAACCACCGUUUUAUGCUUUGCUCGUCGCGUAGCGGUAACCAUAACAAGACGAUAAAAGUCCCCGCCACUGUCAUGAAACCCAUUCUGAAUUACACUCCUACGGCCUACUAACAUUGACACUCUCGGUAUAUAACCGGCUAUACCUGUCGAUGACUUUUAUAGCCACUUAAAACGAUUAAAUACCCCUCGUUUAUUUACCCCUUGUCAACAUUCUAAUCUGUCACCGCUCGCGUCGAAUACUACAGCGUAUCGCUCUUUUAAGCAUUUAUAUCUAUAUAAAUAUCGUAGCAACUCGGUAACGUGGUACAAGAUCAGAGAUUUUAUUAACUUUCAUUCAAUACGAAGACGUUGGUGUGACACGAGAUUAUAACAAAUCGGACUAGUGAAAUUUGACUAGCCGCGCGCGCUCCAUGUAAGCCCGCUCGAACCUUGAUUUACUUUUCCGCUGUCUCUUUUUUUGAGUGCCGGUGUUUUAGUGCAAGUGAUUCAAAAUACCCGGGAUAAUGAACUCGUACUUUGAACAGACCGCAGGCGGCUUCUACGGAAGCCACCAUCAUCAAACAGGAGCGGCGAGUCAACAUCAUGAUCCAGCUACUGCGGCGUAUCGAAGCUUUCCACUCGGAUUAGGUAUGUCGCAUUACGCCUCAGCGCAGCAUCACCAUCAUGCAUCCUCUUCGUUAGGGAUACACCCUGGCGGUGGAAGCAACACGAGACCACCUCAAGAUUCACCGUAUGACGCGAGCGUUGCGACGGCCUGCAAGCUUUAUUCGACGACACCCGAAGCAACCGGUCACACCACAUCCUCGUAUUCAACAACGGCGACGAAAGACUGUAAACAACAAGAUCAAACGUCAACACAUCAAAAUGGUUAUGCCGCGGUCAUGGCAGCUGCAGCGGUCAAGGACGUUUGGCAGUCAGCGACCUCGGGAGCGAACAGCCAGAGUAAUUCGGUCGUACGUCCUUCCGCGUGUACUCCGGAGAGUACGAGGGUCAGUAGCUACGGUGGCCUUGUAGGCGGCGAUCCGGCAUCGAGUCCCGGUAACAACAGUUCGUCAAGAUCCCUCACAUCGUCCUGGAACACCUGCAGUUUAAACUCGUCCGCGAGUCAACCGGUCGCCACGCAACUACAUCAGCAACCUACUGCCAACCAUACCUUCUAUCCCUGGAUGGCUAUAGCAGACUCGGACUCUCACAGUCAUCAGCGAAGUCACAAUACGACAAGUGCUAGUGCAGUGCGGAACUGGCGAAGUCCACCCCCUGACAUCUCUCGUGACAGAUUGGCCGGCUUGAACUCAAAACAGGCCUUGACCUGA